AUGAUCGUGUCGGACCAUUCCUUGGCCAUCGAACGCCUGCGCUGGGCGGAAAGGUACCACCCGAAAGUCCCCAGGGAAUGGCGGCUCUGCCGAUUCUGCGAGGCAGCUAUCGAGGAUCCGGGUCACAUACUGCACUGUGGUGCUUCCCCCGAACUCUGCGAUCUACGGACCUCGUUCCUCGCUACAGUAUGCACGAUCCGCCCGUCCCUGAACGCCAUGCUUCGCGAGCCUGGCGACUUCCUCAUGUGGGCGACCGCUGACCAGGCGUGCGUGGAUUACGUCGGUCAGUUCUUGCGUAACGCUCUGCGUAUAUUCGAUGCCGCUCCACCCUUUUACCCUGCGCAUAUCACGCACCCGCUCCCGUCUCCCCCCACGGUUGGGACCUUACACGGCGGCGUCGAGGUUGGGGAGGGCGAGGACUCGAGCGACGAUGAGGUUGACCCUAUUGCCGAAGCGGAGGAAUAA